ACAUGCGCCGGAGCGACUUCGAGAAGAAAGAGAAGUCGUUCUGGCUGCCGUGCGGGCAGAAGGCGCUGCGGAGUAGCAAAGACGUGGUCCUAGAGGCAGUGGGGGAGUACGGCCCCGCACUGGAAUAUGCCUCCAAAGAGUUGCAGGGCGAUCAGGAGGUGGUGCUCAAAGCAGUUCGGCAGGAUGGCACGGCGCUGGAGCAUGCAUCUGAAGAUCUCCUUACAGACCGGGACUUCCUCCUGCAGGCCGUCAAACAGACGAAAGCCUGGUGGCUCUGUCGCUUCGCAGACUCCGAGCUGCAGGAGGAUGAGGAGUUUGAGCGCCAGUGCAAGGAGACUGCCGGCACUGGGAUUGUCUUCACCUACUAUGACCGCUACACCUGCUUUGAAGGUAUGCGCCUGGCCUUCCGGACCGCCGGCGCUUCGGUACCCGGAGGUGAGGCGUAUGACAUGGUGAUGGAGGAGUUGAAGCAUCCCCUCGGUGAGGGCAGCACUGCCACCGUUUGGUUUGGUGACGAGCCAGUCUUCGGACACGCAGCAGCUGAUGGCGCUUGGGUGCACCCCAGUCACGAUUGUGGACGGGAUGAAGUCUCCGUGCCUGCGAUGGAAGAAAGGGAUGCAAAGUGGCAUUCGACGGUGGAUUCAAGAAGCGUUUCGCUGGAGCCUCAGGCGGGCGAGAAGUACAAGUGCUGGUGCUGCCAUUGGCUCCGCGAGGUGCGUCGGCACCAUGAAGAUGGCGAAGCUAUCUGCUGUGCCAUAUCCAACAUCUACAGGGAAGACUGGGUGUUGUUCCACGGUGCAGGGUCCUCGGAGCUCUCCGAUGAGGAUGCCGAAAAGCACGGCCUGCCGAAGGAGACCUUCCGCAACGGUCGUCCCGAUGGUUGGGGCAAAGGGCAAAUCCGCAUAGAUGGCCAUGACUUCGAUCGCAGGGCGCCUGUGCACCCCCGAACCCAGAAGCCAUUGGGGGUGGGAUGUCGCUGGGAACGGCAGGCCUUAGAUGGCAUGGAGUUCCCAGUUUAUGCUUUCUUCAAACCGUGA